ACACUUAACACUUAUUAUAGUGCAGUUUUAAAAAACUGCAAAAAACUCGUGUGGAGUUGUUACGUUUUGCAAUUAGUUUUUAUUUUACUUUUUCGAAAGUACAUUCGUUAAAAUAUUUGUAUUUAACUCGUUAUCUAAUUCCGUCGGUUUUAUUUAAUCCAAUAUGCCAUCUGAUUCUAAAAAAAGACAACAAGCACAAAAAAAGAAUGCUGCAAAAGCUCGUUCAACGGUCAAAACAACAACGACUACAACUAAAGCAAAUGAAACCAAUGGGGUUCACGGCAGCAAUAGUAUUCCUAUUAGUGAAGAAGAGUUGCUUUGCAAGAAACUGGAAGCCGAUGCUAAAUUGAACGCUGAAGCUCGUGCGUGUACUGGUAGCUUGGCGUCGCAUCCGAGAUCUAGAGAUGUUAAAAUUGAUAAUUUAUCCAUUAGUUUCCAUGGCUGUGAACUUUUGCAAGAUACCAUGUUAGAGUUAAAUUGUGGUCGGCGAUACGGUCUAAUUGGAUUAAACGGAAGUGGGAAAUCGACUCUUUUAUCAGUAUUAGGAAAUCGUGAAGUACCGAUUCCCGAUCAAAUUGAUAUUUUUCAUUUGACUAGAGAAAUGCCAGCGUCGGAAAAAUCUGCUCUCCAAUGUGUCAUGGAAGUAGACCAGGAAAAAAUUCGACUCGAAAAACUAGUGGAUGAACUCGUCGCGUGUCCCGACGAUGAGUCACAAGAACAACUCAUGGACGUUUACGAACGGUUGGACGAUAUUUGCGCCGAUACAGCAGAAGCUCGAGCCGCUAAUAUCCUGCACGGUCUCGGCUUUACAAAAGAAAUGCAGAACAAAAAGACGAAAGAUUUUUCAGGAGGUUGGCGGAUGAGAAUCGCUUUAGCUAGAGCGUUGUACGUUACUCCUCAUUUGUUGUUACUCGACGAACCUACUAACCAUUUAGAUUUAGAUGCUUGUGUAUGGCUUGAAGAAGAAUUGAAAUCGUAUAAGAGAAUUCUAGUUAUUAUAUCUCAUUCUCAAGAUUUUUUGAAUGGGAUUUGUACCAAUACAAUUCAUUUAGACAAGAAAAGGCUCAAGUACUAUGGUGGUAAUUAUGAUGCAUUUAUCAAAACUAGAGUUGAGCAAUUAGAGAACCAAAUGAAGCAAUACAAUUGGGAACAAGAUCAAAUUGCACAUAUGAAAAACUAUAUCGCACGGUUUGGUCACGGAAGUGCUAAACUUGCUAGGCAAGCUCAGAGUAAAGAAAAAACCCUAGCCAAAAUGGUAGCGCAAGGACUAACAGAGAAAGUAACCAAUGACAAAUUAGUGACGUUUAAUUUUCCUUCAUGUGGAACCAUACCUCCACCCGUUAUUAUGGUUCAGAAUGUGAGUUUUCGUUAUACCGAUACUUCGCAAUACAUCUAUAAAAAUUUAGAAUUUGGUAUCGAUCUAGACACGAGGCUUGCAUUGGUGGGACCUAACGGAGCUGGUAAAAGUACUCUUUUGAAAUUGCUUUAUGGCGAACUAUUCCCAAGUGAGGGCAUGAUACGCAAAAAUUCCCAUUUGAGAAUUGCCAGGUAUCAUCAACAUCUACACGAACUUCUCGAUUUAGAUUUGUCGCCGUUAGACUACAUGAUGCAAUCGUUUCCGGACGUAAAGGAACGUGAAGAGAUGCGUAAAAUCAUUGGACGUUAUGGUUUAACCGGAAGACAGCAGGUGUGUCCUAUUCGUCAGCUUAGCGAUGGUCAGAGAUGUAGAGUUGUGUUUGCGUACUUGGCUUGGCAAGUUCCCCAUUUAUUAUUGCUCGACGAACCUACUAAUCAUUUAGACAUGGAAACGAUCGAUUCCUUGGCAGAUGCUAUUAACGAUUUUGACGGAGGCAUGGUUCUAGUUAGCCACGACUUCAGACUUAUUUCUCAGGUAGCGGAAGAAAUUUGGAUUUGCGAAAACGGCUCUGUAACAAAAUGGCAGUCCGGCAUUUUAGAUUACAAAGAACAUUUGAAAAAGAAAAUUAUGAAAAACAACGCUGAAAUGGCGAUUAACAAGCGCUAAGUUGUUAGCUCAUUUUUUUUUUUUUUUUAAUUUGGCUGUUUAACAUCAUUAAAUUGUUCAGUUACU